UUGGCCAUUUCUCUCCCUCCUACAAAUUGACACUUUAUAAAAACCUUCUGUACUUUUUUUCCCCCUCCCUCUCUCCCUCGCUACUACCUCCAAGAUGGUAGGAAAGUUGUUGUUUUGGAGGGCAGAGGAGCCGCUCUCUGAUGUUAUGUCCUCUCAGUGCCUGUAGUGGUGCUAUAGGAGGCUGCUGGCUCUCUUCUUGAGCAGCCCCAGCAGCCCUGCCUUCUUUGCUGGAGAAUAUAUUCAGGGAUUCCCCUUAAUAAUCACCUACCCUCUGAGCACUUUGUAGUUUUAAAAUAAUAAAAGAGCCCCCAAAGCUUCCUCCUCACAAAAAGCAGGAUCUUCUCAGAGACAGGGGGGCAGCAGCUCCUCAGCACAGAGCCCGAGCACAUUCCCAGUCCCUCUGCUGGGGAGGAAACUCUGAUCUGUCAGCCCAACAGAGGGAAAGGGGGGAGAGGAGAGAGAGGAGGGAAAAAAAAGCAGCUGGAAAGGGAAAAGAACGUCUGGUAGUUGUGAAGUGAGUGCACUGGAAGACCCACCAUCGCACUUCACCCCGCACAGACAAUCUGCUUCAUCUUGGUUCAUCAUCAUUCCAAGAUAGUGGUGUCCUUGGGGCUCUCUCUUAACACUGACAUGGUACAGAAGAUUUAAAAUCAGCUGAUGUUCACAAGGAAUAGAGUCACGUGAUGUAUGAAGGCAAACACAUACACUUCUCUGAGGUUGACAAUAAGCCCUUGUGCUCGUAUAGCCCCAAACUGUGCAAGCAGAGGCGACUCAACGGCUACGCCUUCUGCAUCAGACACGUUCUGGAGGACAAGACUGCCCCCUUCAAGCAAUGUGAAUAUGUGGCCAAGUACAACAGCCAACGCUGCACCAACCCCAUCCCCAAGUCUGAGGACCGUAGGUACUGCAACAGCCACCUGCAGGUACUUGGCUUUAUACCGAAAAAGGAGAGGAAGAAAAAGAAUGAUCCCAUAGAGGAGGUAAAGGUCAGGCAUCAGAUGGAUGCUAUGGCCUUCGGUCUGACAGUGCCCACCCUGGCCUUGAAGAUGCCCAAUGGACUGGAUGGGAUGUCCCUCUCCCCUCCAGGGGCAAGGCUUCCUCUCCACUACCUGGAGGCAGAAUUAGAAGACCCCUUUGCUUUCAAUGAGGAGGAUGAUGACCUAAAGAAAGGGGCAACAGUGAAGAAAAAGUUGCAGAGCAAGUUGGCUCACAACCGGCAGCGCCAGAGAGAGACAGAGAUUUUAAAAGUUCGCCAAGAGCACUUUAGCCCCAUUCCUGCACCUUUGCAGCAGCAGCCUCUGCAGCAGCAGCAGCAGCACUCCCAUCUGCCACCUUCAUCAGCUUCGUUAAAGCCGACAGGGCUACCGCAGGGCAUAGUCUGCAAGUCACCUCAACCUCUGAACACCAGCCUACCAAUGCAGGGAGUGGCACCCACCACACACACUAUAGCACAAGCGCGGCAGUUGUCCAACAAGAGACCUCUGCCUCUCCUGCCACCCGCCAGGGCUCCUGGCACCGACCCGCCACGGACUGACCGGGUCCUCAUGAAAGCCACAGCCUUCCCUCCGCACUCGUCCUGCAUGAGCCGGCUCCAGAGACUGGUGAAACUGUGCACUCGAAAACAGCAGCUGGACACUGAUCUGUUUCCUCACUUAGGGCUGGAUUGGUCUGAAGACAGUGGAGAAGAGUUGGAGGAUUCAGAGCAAACCUCCCCUUACCAGGUUGCGUGGUCUAUCCGAGAAAGCCUCGGCUAUGAGAGACCUGAGUCCGAUGAUGACAAUGCAGAUGACAGGAGUUCCAGGGUGACCAGACUUUGCACUUACUUUCAGCAGAAGUACAAGCACCUGUGCCGCCUGGAGCGGGCAGAGUCGCGGCAGAAGAAGUGCCGGCACACGCUGCGGAAGGCGCUGCUGCAGGCGGCCAGCCGGGAGCCCGAGCGCGCGGGGCAGCUCCUGCACGAGCUCCGGAGGGCAGCGUGUGCUUGCGCCAGCACAAGCCAAGCAAGGCAGAGAGAUGCAGAACCAACAAUCUGCAGUGGGACUUCGAAGGGAGAGCAGUGCACUAACAAGGCCCUUCCAUUCACCAGGCACUGUUUUCAGCAUAUCUUAUUGAACCGUUCUCAGCAGCUCUUCUCGAGUUGCACAGCCAAGUUUGCAGAUGGUCAGCAGUGCUCUGUGCCAGUUUUUGACAUUACACAUCAAACACCUCUGUGCGAAGAGCAUGCCAAAAAAAUGGAUAAUUUCUUGAGAGGGGACAGCUCCCGUAAAGUUCAGCACCAGCAGCAGAGGAAACCCAGGAAAAAAACGAAGCCACCUGCACUUACCAAAAAACACAAGAAGAAGAGAAGGCGAGGCCCACGCCGGCCCCAGAAACCCAUUCCUCCUGCAGUGCCCCAAGGGAACCUCACCAUGCCUGCCACUGUCUCACUGCCAGUAGAGAUACCCCACAUACGGAGCCCCUCCACUCCAGAGCUCAGUGCCGAUGAGCUGCCUGAUGAUAUCGCCAAUGAAAUCACAGACAUUCCACAUGACUUGGAAUUGAAUCAGGAGGACUUCUCUGAUGUCCUGCCACGGCUGCCUGAUGACUUGCAAGAUUUUGAUUUCUUUGAAGGUAAAAAUGGAGAUCUUCUUCCAACCACAGAAGAAGCUGAAGAACUGGAACGGGCCCUGCAGGCUGUAACUUCUCUUGAGUGCCUGAGUACCAUUGGAGUACUUACACAGACAGAUGGUGUGCCAGUUCAGGAGCUGGCAGAUAGAGCGAUAGGGGUGUUCUCUACAGGUGCUGGAGCUCCAGGAAUGCAGUCCUUGAGUCGAGAGGUUAACACGGAUCUGGGGGAGCUGUUGAAUGGGCGUAUAGUACACGAUAAUUUCUCCGCUCUGGAGCUGGAUGAGAACUUGCUCCGUUCUGCUACCUUGUCCAACCCACCUACGCCCCUGGCAGGGCAGAUCCAGGGGCAGUUCUCAGCCCCAGCCAACGUUGGCCUUACUUCUGCCACUCUGAUAAGCCAGAGUGGCCUUGGGGAGAGAGCCUUCCCGGGACAGUUUCAUGGACUUCAUGAUGGCAGCCAUGCCUCCCAGAGGCCCCACCCUGCCCAGCUGCUGAGCAAGGCAGAUGACCUGAUCACCUCACGACAGCAAUACAGCAGUGACCAUUCACACUCCUCACCCCAUGGAAGCCAUUAUGAUAGUGAGCAUGUGCCGUCUCCCUACAGUGACCAUAUCACAUCCCCUCACACCACAUCCUUUUCUGGUGAUAACUUGGCAGCUACCUUCUCAGCAGAGAUGCCCAUGAUGGCACAGCACUUGCUCCCAACGCAGCUGGAUGUGCCACUUAGCGGGGUGGUCAACCCCAGAACUCACUGGGGAAAUCUUCCGGUCAAUCUUGGGGACCCCUCUCCGUUUAGCAACCUUCUUGGUGCAGAUGGACACCUCCUGUCCACCUCCCUGUCCACACCACCUACCACCUCGCACUCAGAGACCACACAGCCUGCCUUCGCCACUGUGACCCCCAACAGCUCCAGUGUGCUUCCGGGGUUACCGCAGACCAGUUUCAGUGGCAUGGGUCCUGCCUCCGCUGAACUCAUGGGCUCCACCUCCCCCAAACAACAGCUCCCUCAGUUCAGCGCAGCCUUUGGGCACCAGCUGAGCUCCCACAGUGGCAUUCCCAAGGACCUGCAGCCCAGCCACAGCUCCAUAGCUCCUCCCACGGGCUUCGCAGUGACCGGUGCCACCGCUACCAGUACCAAUAACGCAUCCGCGCCCUUCACCACCUCCAACUGAGCUUGUCUGCCUGGCUCCCUGCAGCAGAAAGCAGCUGUCAGCAACCUGCUCAGUCACAUUGAAGUGCUGUGUAUCUUAGGCUUCAGUUUCAGAGGAGAAUGCUGCUCCAGUUCUGUCAUCGAGCCAUACUGGAUUCCAUGUUUUCAAUAUGGCUAUGACACAAUUUUUCUUGGCCACAAUUCAGCCAUGGAAUUUUGUCUUCCUUGCAUUUCUGUUAGAAAAAGGUAACUGGUGAACUGUUCCAUCUGAGCUUUCAUGCAGUCACACAUGGCUUCUAUGAUACAUAUGUUGGAUAUGUUGGGGCGUGUGUAUGGAUGUCUGUGUACUGCGUGUGGACAGUGUGGAUUGAUACGCACACGCCUAUUACGCUAUUUCAGUUUGUGUAUGUGGAGAAUGUACCUGUUGGUUAUCUCCUGAUAUAUACUCAUGCAUACCUAUAUUAAAUAUGUAUAUAGAGUGUAGAUGUCCUGCAUAUACAUGUGUAUAUGUUACGAAAACUUGGUUGGCAUUUUUUUUUCUCAGUUUUUUUUUUUUGCAAAUUGCUGUCCCUUAUUACUUAUUCUCACUGAAGCUGCAUUAUAUAGAAGAAAUGGAGAAAUGUGUUAUCAAAGUUUUAUUUUAAAAAGGAGACUUUUAAUUAUCUAAAGCCAUUUGUAAUUGUCUUUUGAAUUUUUACUAGAAGGGUUGUUAUUUUAAAAAGGAAAAGAAAAAAAAGGAAACAAAAAAAAAACAAAAGCAAGCAGACAAGCCCUUAUUCCCACCCUCGUUUAGGUGAAAGAAAUGGAAACACGAGUUUCUAAGUAUUUAUUUCGUUUAGAUGUUUCUGAGGCAUACAGUAAUUACAUUCUGCCCCAUCCCCCUUUUGUCCAAUUAUAAUAAAUGAUUCAUGAUUUUCUUUUCCCCUCAUUACUUUUGUAAAUCAUUGUUCACCUCCUACAUUCAAUAGUACUGAUAUCACUAAGGAGAUUUCAUGUCCUUCUGUCCUUUUUAGGAGAAAUACCAGUGCAUCACUAUUGUGUUUCAUUUUAACAUACUUUGUGGAGGAUGGAUGUUUUUAUUGAAGAUGUCUGUAACCCGUCUAACUUAUUUAAUGUGAGAAGCCUUCAUUGGAAUCUAUCGUCUGUUUGUUUCCAACAAGUUCAAGUUUCUGCAACUGUUUUUUUCACCAACAUGUUAAAUAAUUCCCUUCUUACUUUUAUGCCUGAGGUUUUAAAAUUUGGCUUUGUUUUUUGGGAUUUUUUCCCUGUAAUUCCCAAAAAUAUUUAUCUGCAAAUGGAGCAAAACAGAUACCAGAAGCUCGACCAAUAUCCUUUUUCCAGUUCAGGGUAAAUAUAUUUAUCCUAGACUUGAUAAAAUAAGGUGGCAAAUGGACAAUCUGAAGUGCUUAGAGGGAAUGCUCUCUCUUUUUAAGGCUGUCUCCGAGAAGUUUGUGUUUGGUGUCAUUUUAAAGGUAGCUUGAUCAUGCUUUGAUAUCAGAAACAGCCUUGUAACAAAGAGCCUCAUACAGUUGUUCGGUCACUAGAGUUUAAAAUGUAAACAAGUUGCAGUGGGAAAGCAAAGGUGAGGCAGUGUAUUUUGAACCAGUGAAUUGUAGCUUGCAAAUGUACCUGAUUUUGAAGUAACUGCAUGGUAGCAAGGAUUAGCAGUCUCUUACACCCCUUCCUUCUUCCCUCUCAUAUCUGACACAUGUGUUCAGCAUACCAUACAUUGGGAAAAAUAAGCAACUUCCUCCAGCAAGGCUAAUCCACUGAAUGACUGCUUAAAGGGAACAUACAAACGGGCACUGCCGCGUCCCGUCUCAUGGUAUUAGCUGGAAGCCUGGCUAAUACGCACAAACAGCCCAGCCCAGCUCGCUUCUGUGCAUGUGUCCCUUGGGGACAGUGUGGUGAACAAGGGCUCCUUCCCUCAGGGGCCCUGGCAGCAAUGGCAACUCACACCACCUCUAGUGCUGGAGGCUCACGGACAGCAUUCCAGGGGCGGGGAGGAAAGCUUGUGUUUGUACUUUCCCUUUAAAUAGGAAAGGUUGGCUCACAUAUUCCUCAUACUUCUCAAUGAAUGUACUGUAUUACCAUUUAAAAAAAAAUCAAUUAAAUGAUAAUAGAUUGGUCUCCUUUUGUUAUCUGGUCCUUGUUUAAUUUGUUUAAGGGUUUUUGUAUACAAAAGUUUACAUUUUUAUGUAUAUUUUUCUUGUGUAAAAACUGAUGUAAUAUGUGUAUAAAACACUGUAUGUAUUAUCUGUAUAUAGUGUGACAAAAUGAUUUUCUUUCUUUCUUUUGGAUGUAUUAAUAAAUCUUGCUGUGAAGUAGCUGUGUUUACUAUGAUGAAACCCUCUUCUCCAAGCCAUUUUGCCAAGUCCAAGUGUAUGGAUAUUGCCCAGGAUGAAACCUACUCCAUGAAGUGAUUUUUUUUUCCUUUUAAAACAUAUCGUAAGUACAGUUAUUAAACUGUCCUUUGCUUA